AUGGCUCGAUCUCUGUUAAUCAACAUUUUUCUUUUGACAUUUAUUGUCGCAUGUGUUUAUGCCGAUGGAUGCCCUAACGAGUGCGGACAAAAUGAAACUUGUAAUUCAUGCGGUAAUCUGUGUGAGCUAAAUUGCAAAGAUAUACAUAGAAAUAUUUGUCCACUCAUCUGCAACCCGCCAGCAUGUGCCUGUGACCCGGAAUACGCAAGGGACAAUUUAACUGGCAGAUGUAUUCAUAAACUCCAGUGCCCACAGUACAAAUAA